AUUUAUCUGGCUGGGGCUCUUUAUGAAGUGCAGGCUGAACUAGCAGAUCUUCAGCAAAAUGUGGACAGUCGAUUGGAGGGGCUUACCAGUCUACGACAGCGCUUGCGUCAGGCUCAUCUCGAGGCUAUGCAGCUGGCUAGCUGGAUCGGUCAAAUGCGCACCGACCUUCAUAGCCACUAUCAUGACCAGCUCUAUCCACCCCGUGAUCAUCACUAUGAUAAAUAUUCUCAUGCAAACAGCAACUCAUGCUGGACUUCGCCUUGUUCCCGAGUCGUUCCAGAUUAUACAGUCACAAUCCCAAGAUCUGUCGACGUGUCUUCUCUGAAUGCUAAAAUUCCUGGUCAGUCAGCAUCUACUAGUUUUACUGAGACAGGAUGGAAAAUCAAUAUCGAAGAGAAGAAUGAAAAAGUUGAGAAGCGUCAACAGGAGAAAACGGAUUGGAAAAAGGACGAGGAGGUAGAAGAAACAAAACUAGUCUCCAAAUUUGCUAAAACUUCGGCUACUAUGCGCCGUCAGAUGAAGGAGAUAGUCAUUCAGAAAAAGUUGCUUUUGCAGCCACUAAUAGAAAAAUUAGAGGCUGCCAUCCAAUCUCCAAUUUCGGUUUCUACUUCAACAUCCGUCCCUUUUUCAAUGUCCAAUCUUAGUGUUAUGAAUCCAUCUCAUGGACUCAAUGAGCUCUGCCAUGAAGGGCCGAUAGGCCAGCAAUCGCUUGCUAUAGAGGCUACGACAACUGAAUUUGAUACCAAUGUUACGGCUAUUAGCACCAAUACUGGCAGCAGUUAUAGCUGUCUUCUAGACCAACUUGGGCUCUCUGGUCCUCUUAUAGAUACGGCCGGGGUUCGCCAACUGAUCGUGGACCUAAAAAACGAUUGGGAGCAUCUGGAGACUGAUGAUGUAACGACAGCUUUAACGAAACUGUUGGCACAAGUUCUCGACUACGUGGAGGUUACUGCCCAGCCAAUCAUUUUGGCAACGGAACCUUCUAACUGCUGGCUUACUUGGUCCCAAAUAUUUCAGUUAAAACAUCUGAAUCAGUUUGUAAAGGAAAUGGAAAUAUUUUUUACCAGUGAGGGUGCUAGUAAAGGAGAUUUGUUUCUUGGUCUCUCAAAGCAGGGAAAGAACCCAUUUUCUGGUGAAUCUCCUUAA